CAAGACCGUCUGCAGACGGUCUUUACAUUAUCUGAAUUUAAGUUCAAACAGCAUAGGUGUCGUGUGAUAUUGGUCUCUAGUUCUUUGGUUUUUAACUGAAUACACACAAAUAUUAAGCAGAAAAUGAUUUCAACGCUGUAGUUUAAAAGUUUGGUGAAUUCAAGUGACACCGAAAGUGAAAAGUGGCAUCUUAAUUUUCGUGAAAACUUAUCCCAUUACAAAAAUUAAAAAAAGUGGUUUCCGGUGGUCAAAUCGAGUUGGGAAUUUUUAGAAAUCUGCGAUGACAGAUGAAGAAAUCGAGCAAUUGAUGAACUCAACUCUUUUGUCUGAUGAAGAAUCUGAGUACGAAGACGAUGACAACAGUAUAGUUGACCCAGACUAUGUUGUUGAUCAGAUAUCACCUGAGGAAGACCAAAUCAUAGACGACGUUUUAUGUGAAAUGAACAACAGCGUUGUAGACAACGAAGUUGGGUUGUCGUUGAAUUUUAGCACACUUAGUGGUGUCUCAUCAGAAGCAGUAGAACGGAUUCCGUAUACAUCCAUAACUAGUACAGAUGCAGAGGCUGCAACCACUACCAAAAAAGCGAAUAAGCCCCGGAGGAGGCCACAUUCGCCGCUACCGACAACCGAAUCGACUGGCCCACAAGUAAUACCAUCAUCAGGCGGAUUUACAGGCUCAAGCGUGGAUGCCAUUGACAAGAGUUCGAUUGAGUUCUCAAAUAUCUUAUGGCGACAAAGAUCUAUGAAAAUGCAUGUGAAUGAAAUUGCGUUCCGUGGAGAUUCUGGGUUACCUUAUGCCGUCAGAAAGCUUAAGAACCCAAUUGAGUUUUUAAAUUAUUUUUUGACUGAUGAACUCAUAGUCGUAAUUGUUGAAGAAACCAACCGAGCAGCGUGGUCAAUAGACAUAAAUACCCAGUUUAUAACUAAUUCUUCACAGAUUCGAAAAUAUCUCGGCGUUUUGAUGUUUAUGUCUAUUUUUCGCUAUCCAAAUAUAGACGCGCACUGGAGUGAAUUUGGAUUUAGACAUUUACCAAAUGCUUUGCCUUGGAAGAAAUUUUUCCAAUAAAUGGGGUAUAAAGCUUUUCGUGUUGUGCGACAGCAAUGGAUAAGCAUACCAGUUUGAGGUAUAUAAUGGUUGUGGUGAUAACACUAUUUUACCAGGCACACCAGAUCUUGGAGCCACCAGCAAUUUCGUUAUUCGGCUAUCGCAAACAAUUCCUGAUUUCGUGAAUCAUAUUCUAUACUUUGACAAUUUUUACUCAUCACUGCCCCUAAUGGUUUAUUUACGAGCUCGUGAUAUAUUUGCUUUAGGUACCAUUCGAGCCAACAGAAUAUCAAACUGUAAGCUACCAUCCGAUUCAGAUACUGAGCUGAGAAAAGUGGAUAGAGGUUUCGCAGUUGAGUUUUCUGCUAUUGCGUAUGGAGUUGACUUGACU